UAUCAUUGUAUGUGUGGACGUCGAAAACGAACGAAACGUCAAAACCUCUUCCAAGGGGACGAGAGUCGAGUACGGAGUAGGUUGCUUUGAUCUCCCCAUUCUUGAGAUAAUAUUUUUCAAAGAAGUGUUAAUACUACCAACAGUACCAGCACUUCUUUAAAUAUCCACACAGUCUACUGACUGUGUAUGACCUUAUUGCUCAACAAGACUCCCAACAGGACAAUGGCCAAGGUUCUAGGCUUAUGUACCUUGCUGCUCAUCCUAACAGUCAGCCUAUUAUCAUGGCUAUGGGCUCGCACAAUGGAUCACUAUUCGGUUCCUACACCCCUUGAUGUUCCCCCUCACCCUCUGGGUGAUGUGGCACCCUUUCCAGGCGAUAAGUUUGACAAUCUGUUUUGGUUCAUCCAAAUAUCUGACGUUCAUAUAUCACGGUUCAGGGAUCCCCAACGCACGACUGAUUUCAAACAAUUCUGCAAUGAAAACAUCGGUGUGAUUAAACCAACGUUAGUGUUAGUCACAGGUGAUCUCACUGAUGCUAAAACGAAAGACAAUUUAGGUUCGAGGCAAUAUGAAGUUGAAUGGCAGACUUAUCGUAACACUCUGGAUCACGCUCAUGUGACAGAAAAAACAAUCUGGAUAGAUGUCAGAGGGAACCAUGAUGCAUUUGGUGUUCCUGGUGCAGAUCAUCAGUUCAAUUAUUACAGGAAAUAUUCUGUACGGGGAUCGGGUGGAGAUGGUACUUUCCGAUACCAGCACAAACUCCCUUUUGGCACCUACUCAUUCGUCUCUGUCUAUGCAAUACUCAACCCUGGACCUAAGAGACCAUUCAACUUCUUUGGGAUCCUGGAUGAGUCCAAUUUACAGAAAUUAGAAGACUUUACGAAGGAUGAGAAGCUCAGCAACCACACAGUAUUCUUUGGCCAUUACCCUACGUCAACGAUCAUAGCUCCUCAUACAAGGCUUUCUAACGCUCUACAGAAUGGAGUGACAUAUUUAUGCGGUCAUCUGCACAGCUUUGGUGGCAUGGUUCCGCACAUGAACGCAGUCCAGAAGAAUGGUGUGGUUGAGUUGGAACUGGAAGACUGGAAAGAAAACAGAAUGUAUCGCGUCAUGGCUUUUGAUCAUGAUCUCCUAUCGUUUGUGGAUGUGAAGUUUGGGACAUGGCCGGUCAUUCUAAUCACUAAUCCAAAGAGAGCUAGAUUCUUAUCACUCAGACAUGAACCACUCAGGAAAAUGGUGCAUUCAACACAUAUCAGGUUUUUAGUUCAUUCUCCCGAUACCAUUGCGUCAACAACAGUAAAAAUAGACGGUGUAGUUUUAGGAUCAGCUGUUCAUGUGAGAGGACCUCUUUUUGUGAUUCCAUGGGAUCCAUCUGAGUACCCCGCUGGGUUGCACUCUAUCAAAGUUACUGCUAUGGAUGCCGCUGGCCGAAUACACAGUGAGGGGUACCAGUUUUCUCUGGAUGGUUCCCGACCUCCUCAAUGGCUGAUGCCAUCAUUCUUUCUGCUGACAGAUAUACCAUUCAUUUUUUGGAUUCUGUACAUCUGUGCAGUUGUAGUGUUUGUUUUGGCACUACUCUCUCUACGAUGGAUGGCACUUAAAAAUGGUCAUUACCGCAGUGGGUUGCUGAGGAGUCUAAUCGGUUUAGCUAGCAAUCAGACGUACUUCUACUGGCUUCUUAUUAUCGGACUCUACCCUCUGAUUGGACCUUGGUUUGUAUGUGCUGUCUCGGGUGAGAGUUUUGGUAUCUAUACAUUCUACGGAUUCUUCCUUCGAGAAGACUUCAUUGGAGAGACUUUCUCUUACGUCAUCUGUGUUUUGAAUAUGAUUUUGUUCCAGGGUCCAAUCACGUUAUACUUUGCACUGCAGUUAGACAGGAUCCAACACAGCGCGUCAAAUCACACAACACGUAACCACACAACCAACUCAACACCCACCAGAAACGGCAAGUCGUCGUCCAUUCAGAACGGCAGCACUUCUAGAAUGACAUCACAGAGACAAGUACAGUCUCUAGGUCUCUUCUGGUCGGCUGUGGCAUACACAUGUUUAUUCUCAGCGCUAAACUGGAUGACGUGGGAAUGCAUCAAUCUGUACUACUGUUAUGGUGCCGUGGCUUUACUGCUUGCCCCUAAAUCCACCUGGACUUUGGCUGUUGUUCUAGUACUCCUGUACAGACUACAUUGGGUUGAGAUGAGACAAGUCAAAGCUAACGGCUUCACAAGUUGAUUAUUCAGAUCGCUGUGAUAACU